GAUGUCACACAAACUAGGCCUACUGGUUUUACUUUACGUCAUCAGCGUAGGCUACGUUAUUCCCGAAAGUAGAAGUCAGAAGGUUGUGAAAAGUUUCUGGGGGGUGUUGAAUGUUGAUAUAACUGCAAAGUUGCCUAGAUAAUGGCUGCUCAGAUGUUCGAUUACGGACCGGAGCGGACGUCUGGCCGACAUCCCUCCGAGGCCAAUUGGUCCGCUUACUCCGAGAACAUCAAUCAGCGGAUGCGGGUACCUGAGCGAAUCAGAGUGGCUCCUGGCCAGUCUGCAGAGGAAGAGCAGAGAUCUGAGGAGGUUCAUCCCGCCUACUCCAUGCAGAUACCGGACAAGCUGGCAUGGACAGCAGAUGUCCCAGACCUCAGUGCCAGACCACAGUUCUCCAAACAGGUCCACGGCCACAGCAGCUCCCUGUGGGACCUGCACCAGGGAGCCUUCAGCUCGGAGGCCGCCGCCGCCCUACAGCAUCCUGCACAGAGCCCCAUUCGGAGGUCGUACAGUGACCAUGCCUUUGGCCGCAGCCCCCCACUCACCCCCACACGCACUAAGGAGUCCCUGCAGAGUCCAUCCUCGUUUGGCCACCCAGAUAACCCCUCACGGUGCUCGGCUGAGGUGCAGCCAUACACGGAAACCAGGAGAAGUGCCCUGCAAGAGUCUUGGCUGAGCCCGGACGAGGAGUCUGGUGCAGCUGUGGAGUUCAUUGUUCUUCGGCGGCAGCUGCUGAAGAUGAGUCGUCGCCUUGCCGCACUGGAGCGUCAGAACAUGGAGCACAAGCAGGCCGAGAUGCUGCUUUUCUCCCUCAUGGUGUCGGCCGUCUUGCUUAAUGGCUGGUUGUGGAUGCGCAGAUAGCCCCCCCCCCCCACACACACACACACACACACACACACAGUCUUCCCAUCUGUGCUUGGAUUCCACUGCCUGCCCCUCGGCCUCCAUCGGUCACCACUCUUUGGCUGUGCCCCUGUAUGGGUGCUCCUCCAUCGGUCACCAC